AUGGCGGAGGGCGCGGAGUACCCGGCCUUCCAGCUGGGGAAGCCGCGCUUCGAGCAGGCCUCGUUUUGUGGGAGAUUGAGACACUUCCUGGACAUCAUUGACCCCCGCACACUCUUCGUCACCAAGAGUCGCCUCAAGGAAGCCAUGCAGCUGCUGGAGGAUUACAAGCAGGGCUCGCUGCCCCCGGGGACCAGCAACAAAGAGCUUUGGAGAGCACAGAAAAUAAAACAGGCCAUCAUCCACCCGGACACGAACCAGACCAUUUUCAUGCCUUUCCGAAUGUCAGGUUACAUUCCUUUUGGCACGCCUAUUGUUGUGGGUCUCCUGCUGCCAAACCAGACUCUGGCCUCCACCAUCUUCUGGCAGUGGUUGAAUCAGAGCCACAAUGCCUGUGUCAACUAUGCAAACCGGAACGCUACCAAGCCGUCUCCGACCUUCAAGUUCAUCCAGGGCUACCUGGGGGCCGUGGUCAGUGCCGUCUCCAUCGCGGUGGGCCUUAACGUUCUCAUCCAGAGAGCCAACCAGUUUACGCCAGCCACCCGGCUCCUGAUCCAGAGAUUCGUGCCAUUCCCUGCCGUAGCAAGUGCCAACAUCUGCAACGUGGUUCUGAUGAGGCACACAGAACUGGAGGAAGGGAUCAACGUCCUGGAUGCGGAAGGGAACGUGGUUGGAUCGUCCCGGAUCGCUGCCAGACACGCCCUCCUGGAGACGGCGCUCACCAGAGUGGUCCUGCCGAUGCCGAUCCUGGUUCUGCCUCCCAUCAUCAUGUCUCUCCUUGAGAAGACGGCUUUCCUGCGCUCCCGACCUCGGAUGCUUCUCCCCGUCCAAAGCCUCGUGUGCCUUGCCGCCUUCGGCCUCGCCCUGCCCAUGGCCAUCAGCCUCUUCCCCCAGAUGUCUGAGAUCCAGACCGCCCGCUUGGAGCCAGAGAUCGCCCAGGCCACGGCCAGCCAGACCGUCACCUACAACAAAGGGCUGUAA